CUGAAACUGAGAUCCGCAACGAUCUAGUCUCACGGAUGGUGACGGCUAUUCGGAGUAGAGACGCAAUCCAGCAGUUCCUCGAUAUUGUCCACGGUCGUCGAGACCCCGAACCCACAGCGAUACGAUUAUAUCUCACCACAAAUGCGUCCAAAAGACAACUUCGGAUCCAAGAUCCGGCCCAAAUGCUCGAGAACGAUGUGAAAUUCCUCAGUAUGCUUUCACGCAAGACUGCCUUUCAUAACUUCCUUACUCGGUUGUUCCAAGUCCGUCUUGCCGAUCAUAUCGACGAGAUCAACCAAGGCCGUCUAAGGAGUGACCCAGCUGUCAUUGCAAAAAUUCUUCAGCGCACGGGGAUGAACCGCCGCCAGUGCCAGUACCAUCGAACUCAGGGGGCGAAGUGGCGGGAAUACUGCAUGGCGUUUCCAGGUAUCCUUUGCUUCAUCCCCUUCGAAACGCAAAAAUUUAGCUUUUCUCCCACAUCUUGGGCUCAACCUCGACGAAGGAGACUUUGCCUCGUUACUUUCUCAUCUGAAGACCGAGUAUAUGCCCGCUCUCUGCGUCGCGGGGAGAGCAUUUGAACACUCCCUGGAUCCCGCGGCAGACGAUGUCGACUUCAUCUGGGCAAACCUGAGCGUAUCAUUGGACAAAGUUUCGGACGGAGAGUUGGUCUCCAUUCUGGAAGACUUCCCAGCAAAGGACGAAAACAUAUAUGAUCCUGGUGCAUAUCCAGAGUGGCCCAGACCUGAAGACUGGCCCAACGACUCACCGUGGCCGGUUGACCCAACAUCCCUGCCUCCUUCUGGAGGGAUUCAGUGCAAUGUGUGUCAUCAGAGCAACUGCCCUUGCGACCUGUGCCAUGAGAGAAAUUGCCAUUGCACCGCCAUUCGCCACGAGACACCGCCUCGCAUUCGGAAUUAUAACGACAAAUAUGGGGGCAAAAAUCGAGGUCUGCAAGCCAUCGCGAAGGAAGCGGGCCAAAUCGCGUAUUCGGAGGGCACCAUUAUCGCCUUCCUUACGGGGACAUUAGCGCCUCCCAAUACGUACGACAACGGUCAAUGUAUACAGGUGGACCGGGGCGAUAUCCUCGGCGAGCCCACAGUCGCUCAGAUUAACUGUGCUGAGUCCGGCAAUAUCUCUCGACUGUUCAAUCACAGUUGUGACCCAUUGGCCCGCUUCAAGGGCAUGAGGGUAUCAGGGAAGUUUAGGAUCGCAAUCGUUGCUGAAGAAAACAUUUAUGAUGGGGAAGAAAUCACUGUCCACUACAGCCAACAGUAUUGGAGAAGGGAAAAGUGUCGAUGUCCUGUGUGCCGGUUAGCCGGCGACACAUCUUUCAUGGCAAGGAGAUCACCGUCAAUUACGGGAAAAGGUCGCUGAGGUGCGAGAAUUAUAUUUGAAUUGAUGCUAAUAGCUAGACGAUUGGGGUGCUUACACUGCCGAGAUAGGGAAGGCGAGAGUUUUCUAGACAGAAAAACGAUCAUCCUUUCGACCAAAGUAUCUUGGUGGAUUAUAGCUCUCUCCUUCUCGAUAUUACCUUUUCGAACAAGUUAGUCGAGACGCUACCAGAGAGGUUGUUUUGGAGAUUGCGAAACCAUCGGGUUUGAAUCGACAGGAUUUGUUUAAAACUCGGUCGACUUUUUUUGCCGUUAUUUAUGGGUCAACCCUAUGCUCUCGCAGCCACUCCUAUAUCUCAAAGAUAAGCAAUCGGCCGGAUGAGAACGGAGUAGCGAGUUGAUGAGUAUAUAAGGGUAAAAUGUAUCUACAUUAGUCCCAUGGAUACUCGU